UGUGGCCUCAAGAUAUUCUGGGUGGGCUCUGAGGGCCACCCGCUGCCAACAUUUUGGACAAUUACUGGAGUGAGCUUGUUGCUUACGUGGUAACACCCUUUGGCUCAAUAACUGCAAGGUUGAAGGCUUUUCAUUUCCAGGUAGGGUAUCACCUUGUUAACUGCACAUGUCCAGAAGGUAAUUGUAAUAAACAUGUUAAUGAUUAAAUCCAUCAGGGAUUAACGUGGAGGUGUGUUUGCUAGGUAUAAAACAGCGGCAACAACCUCCCCAGAUCAGCUUAGUUCUUGUCAGUCAAAUCGGUUGGAUCAACUUGAGACGAGCCUUGGAACUUGAAAUCGGCUAUGGACGCCCCGAGCGAUGAAAUGUGGCCAAGGAGCAAAGCUACCAAGACUGGCCCCGGGGACAAAGCGGCACCAGUGAAGAAGGAGGAUCUAACCCUGGACCCAACCACGGCCCAUCCCCAGCUGGAGAUCUUGAAGGACGGGAAGGCGGUGAAAUGUGGGACUUCCACAGGGAACGUCAGCUGUGGCCCAAGGAGAUUUGACACGGCCAACUGCGUAGUGGCCCAGCAGAGCUUCAGCGCGGGGCAGCACUACUGGGAGGUGUCCGUGGGCCAGAAGCCGCGCUGGAACCUGGGCAUCGUCUCAGACCAAGCGGAGAGACGGGGCAGAUUGAUCCAGAUGAAAUCCUUAUGGCCGGGGUCUGGUGAGGUCUGCACCGAGGGCUACUGGCUGAUCGGCUACAACAAGCAGAAGGCCGGGAAGCCGUACUGGGCGUUUGACACCAACCCGAUGCCCUUUCAGUGCAACCCCCCACCUAAGAAGAUCGGGGUCUAUCUCGAUUACGCGGGCGGGGAAGUGACCUUCUACAACGCCGAUGACCCCGGUAAUUUGACCCCCCUGUACUCCUUCUACAACGCUGACUUCAGGAGCGCCCCCGUCUACCCCGUCUUCGACCCCUGCUGGCACGACAACGGGAGCAACACUGAGCCCCUUAAAAUCCUGUGAGCAGCUGAUUCGCUAGUGGGGAUGGGGACCAAAGCAAUCGCACCCUUGGGGCUACCCGCAUAUACCUCGGGCUAGCCAGCUUCACAGCACUGCUCUGAGCCGCACUAACCUCACCCAGCGACCAGGCAAAGCCGGCACGUUUCGCUCAGACAGGCCGGUGCGCUGGGACGGGGCAGUGAAAAAGCAGCGAGCUGAGACCAUGAGAUACUCGCUCGCUAUGGUACAUUCACCCUCCUUCCCAGAGUUAUUGGAGCGGUUUUCCCUUCAGCAACCCACCCCUCCAAGCCCCUUCCUCCAAUGGGUUUGUCUUGAGUAGGGUAAAAAAUAUUUCUUACUAUCACAGCAUCUCAGGUCUGGUCUACACUGGGGGGGGGGGAAAUCGAUAUAAGUUACAAAACUUCAGCUGCGUGAAUAAUGUAGCUGAAGUUGACAUACUUAGAUCUACUCACCGCAGUGUCGUCACUACGAUGAGUCGACUGCUGCCGCUCCACCAUCAACUCCGCCUCUCGCAUGGUGGAGCACCAGAGUUGACGGGAGAGCACUUGGCGGUCGAUUUAUCGCGUCUUCACUAGAUGUGAUAAAUCGACCCCCGCUGGAUCGAUCGCUGCCCGCCAAUCUGGUGGGUAGUAUAGGCAAGCCCUAGGUUACCCCUUCCAAAGCCAGGGAAGGACCCCAGGAGUCUUGGCUCCCAGCUCCCCGCACACACACACUCUAACCACUAGACCCCACUCCCCUCCCACAUUGGGGAGAGAACCCAGGAAUGAAAUCCAGAUUGCAUCUGGUGUCGUCAUUUGCACCUGAGCAAAGUGCCCAUAACACUCCCAUCCAGAGCAUGAAUGAAGGGACGAGCUCGUGGGGAGGGGUGAAUUCUGCUCUCACACACACCGAUGUACGUCAGGAGUUACCCAUCAGGGACCUCAGGGCUGAUUCCCCUCGCUCUCCCCAGUGCAAAUGAGGAGUGACUGCUGGAGUCACUCCCAGGCAAAGCCAGUGUCAGAGCGAGGACAGGGAGAUUCGGAGUUGACACUGGAUUGGAUUUACACUGAUCCACAGUGCGCUGGCCGCCGUAUCCCUUCAUACUGCAGUCAUCUGCAAACUGCUGUUGCCCCUCGCUGCCGUGGGCACUGAGCUCCAGCCCAGGGCUUGUGCUUCUCUGAUGAUUUUAUUUUACUUUGCUCAAUAAAGAAAAACA